AUGAUUAUAGAAUGUUUUGUUGCUCUGACUCUAUCUCUGAACCUGUGUGAGAGCUCUGUACUGUGUAGGAACUGUGGACGAGAGCUAGCGGAUCCGUUCUACCUCAGAACUAAACAUCUCUCACCAGAGUUUUUAGAACGGAGAAACAAGACUCAACUCUUCGGUGCAACUCAUCCGGUCUCAAUAGAAAGAUUAAAGAAUCCAGUCGGGGUAGAGUUUGAAGUUGUUAGUUUCCAGAAAGCAGGUUGCAAAGGUUUGGGUGAGUGGAGCGGAGAAGCUUCUUGGUUUCCUGGAUUUCUUUGGCGGGUGUGUGUUUGUCCCCAGUGCGGAUAUCAUAUAGGAUGGAUGUUUGAACCUGAAGAUCUAGUUUCUGAAGAUCAAGACAAACCCUCAGCUGCUGGAUUCUAUGCUAUAGCUCUGAGUAAGGUUAUAGACGAGAACUACAGUAGAACCCUGACUAUAUCCUCUACACGACACUAG